GCGCUAGGCUGGUGGAGAAGCAGGGUGGCGGCGAGGGGGUGGGGGCCUAGAAGGGUAAGUCCCCUCCUUCGCCGGCUGCCCACCCACUCACCCACCGCAAGCCAGCUUUUUUCUUGUUAUUUGUGCUCUGGGAAAGCACGCCGGGCUCCUGGAAGAGCCGCCUGUUACCUGGGCUUUCAGGAAAAGCCGCAGCCCCGGGAUCCGCGCCUGUCCCCGCCCCCACCCUGGGGCCUCAGAGCAUCUGGGCCACCCUGUCCGGGAAGAGGCCCUGCACUCGGCCAGCAGCCUGGAGAGUCACCGAGGGAUGAGGACGCCACAGCCCGGGGGACCGCCCUUUCUGCUCUCGCGGCCCCGAGCGCGCAGCGCCCAGGAGCCGGAUAGAGCCUGACGCCCUGUCGUCUCCCCUCGCGCACAGGGCUCUGCGAGUGAUCCGGCCGGCCAGCUCCCUGCUGCAUGGAACGGCUGCAGAAGCAACCACUUACCUCCCCUGGGAGCGUCAGCUCCUCCCGAGGCUCCAGUGUUCCGGGCUCUCCCUCCAGCAUCGUGGCCAAGAUGGACAAUCAAGUGAUGGGCUACAAGGACUUGGCUGCCAUCCCCAAGGACAAGGCCAUCCUGGACAUCGAGAGGCCUGACCUCAUGAUCUACGAGCCCCACUUUACCUAUUCUCUGCUGGAACACGUGGAGCUGCCCAGAAGCCGGGAGCGCUCGCUGUCACCCAAAUCCACAUCCCCCCCACCAUCCCCAGAGGUGUGGGCGGAGAGCCGGUCCCCUGGAACCCUCUCUCAGGCUUCAGCCCCAAGAACCACUGGCACGCCCCGGACCAGCCUGCCCCAUUUCCACCAUCCUGAGACCACCCGCCCAGAUUCCAACAUCUACAAGAAGCCACCCAUCUACAAGCAGAGAGAGUCCACAGGAGGCAGCCCUCAGAGCAAGCACCUCAUUGAAGACCUCAUCAUCGAGUCAUCCAAGUUCCCUGCAGCGCAGCCUCCAGACCCCAACCAGCCAGCCAAGAUCGAAACAGACUACUGGCCAUGCCCCCCGUCGCUGGCCGUUGUGGAGACAGAGUGGAGGAAGCGGAAGGCGUCGAGGAGGGGGGCAGAGGAGGAGGAAGAAGACGACGACGAUGACUCCGGGGAGGAGAUGAAGGCUCUCAGGGAGCGUCAGAGAGAGGAACUCAGUAAGGUUACUUCUAACUUGGGAAAGAUGAUCUUGAAGGAAGAGAUGGAAAAGUCAUUGCCUAUCCGACGGAAAACCCGCUCUCUGCCUGACCGGACACCCUUCCAUACCUCCUUGCACGUGGGAACAUCGAAGUCUUCUUCCCUCCCCGCCUACGGCAGGACCACCCUGAGCCGGCUUCAGUCCACAGACUUCAGCCCAUCCGGGAGUGAGACCGAAAGCCCAGGCCUGCAGAACGGAGAGGGCCAGAGGGGGAGGAUGGACCGGGGGAUCUCCCUUCCCUGUGUGCUGGAGCAGAAGAUCUAUCCUUACGAAAUGCUGGUGGUGACCAACAGGGGGCGAACCAAGUUGCCUCCAGGUGUGGAUAGGAUGAGGCUUGAGAGGCACCUGUCAGCAGAGGACUUCUCAAGGGUCUUUUCUAUGUCUCCCGAAGAGUUUGGCAAGCUGGCUCUAUGGAAGCGAAACGAACUCAAGAAAAAGGCCUCUCUCUUCUGAUGGCCCCCACCUGCUCUGUGACUGACCCUCACCCUUGCUGCUUCAGGGCUCUGGAGCUGGGGUCACUAGACCCCAAAGCAUCAUCUCUGGGGGGAGCAGGGUGGUGGGGCAGAGGUGGGGUUGGCUCCGUUGCCGAGGUCGAGGGAGAGCAAGGCCUCUGCAGUGCUGGGGCUUGGGGACGUGGACCUCCUUCCCCAUGAUGAGCUAGGGGUGGGGGCCCCUUCUCUCAUCCCUGGUCCUCGCUGCACCGGGCAAACCCAGCGUGCACUCCAGCACACGCAGAGUUAGUGUCUGCACCCUCUCCCUGCCCCCACCCCCAUGUGAAGGUCCCCAGAAGGGAGUGAUGAGACACGAACAUGACACUUAGUGGUCAGGCCUGUCUGCUGUCCUGACCAAUGGGUGGGAAGAACCCUCGGGCCUGGUAGGAGGCACGUGAGGGUGGGAAGCAGCCACGCAGGCAGGGAGCGCCCAGGACCCUGGGUGCACCCAAGCACUCCUCCGCAGCUCACCUGGGACGGGUUCCCCUGCACCUGGGCCUCCCGCCUCUCAGCCUCCAGCAGGGAGGCCACCCAGCCCUCUAGCUCACCCUGUCCUCUCCUUGUGACCCCCAAGCUUCAAAGCCUCUUGCUCCAGCCCUGAGGCUUCCCUAGAAGCCUUGGCUUAGAGUGGAGAUGUCGCCUAUACAGACCCCCAGCCCAACAUCAGCCUUCAGGCUGAGUCGGCUAGAAUGCUACCUUCUAGCAUCCAGGGCCCGGGCAGAGCCCAGGCCUUUGGGCUCCCCUGGACGGGAUGAGGAGCCAGGCUGAGAGUCCUGGCUACCAGGUCCCACCCACACCCCUGCAUCCCCCACCAUGCUCUCUAAAGAAUGUAAUUUAUUGGGGCACCCCCCAGCUGCUUUCCUCACCUAACUCUCUGCCCUACCUUAAUCACGCUCCCAGCUUUUCUCCUCUCCAAAUACACGUGUAUAUAAUUAUAUAUAUAUAUUUUUGCCGGGGUCUGGGUUUUGUUCCUGCCCAGACCCCGACAUCCCUUUCCGCCGUGUGUGUGUGAUAAUGCUGGGGGAGGGGGACUCUGCUUGGAAUUAAAAGGUUGCAUCGGGGCCCCAAA